UCUGCUUUACCUGUGUACUGUCUAUAAAUGGAAUCGCCCAAUGAACCGGUGCAUAGAUUUCUCGCCCAGGUGAAAAAAAGAAUUUCACAGUCUGAAAUGGAGGAUGGUGGACACACGGGGCAUAUGUGAGGUUAUAUGCUGCCCUGUGUCUGUUGGUUACUGGCAGCAGCAUUUAUGAUUAGUUCCACACCCCGGGAACUAUACGUACCUGUGUAUUGACUUACCUGUGGGAACAUUACAAAGGCAGGGAGGCCGUCGUUCAGGUAGAACACUCGUGUACAUAAUAGAACUAUUUCUGUUUAUGCUAGAGCUUGGAAGGAGGAAAGUCUUCCGAAAUAUGGUCUAGUGUUGAUAGCCGGGGUUAACGACGUUAUAACAAAUACAUGUGAGGCUACAUUCGGAUUUACCCGCUGUUGUGUGUGUACUUGUGAAUAUUAUAUAGGUUUUUGUUUAGAUCAGAAAUAAUGGCGACUGCCUCGGAUGACAGGCGUGCGGCGGAGAGAGGGUACCAGAGCCUUUCCUCUCUAUUUCGACCCCUCCCUGACAGUUCAAAUGACUGCUAUAGAUGUAGCAAAAAGGUUUACAUGCAAGAGAAAGUCGGUCCCGUUCACGAUGUCGUGUUUCAUAAAAAUUGUUUCCGAUGUUUUGUGUGUGGUCAGUUUCUAAAUAUUCGGAGCUAUUGGUCCAACGCCACCGAUUCCGGAGACAAGGAGGUAUAUUGUAACACCCAUGCUCCCCGGAUAGGGGCACCCAAGUUGGGACCGGGGGCCCUGGGGAUUAAGAGUGCCGUAGAGGCACAAAAAGGUUACCAGAAAAUGUCGAAAAAGUUGAAGCCCGAGGUUCGUGAAGCUGGGACGUUACGUAUUCCCAGUUAUGGAAUGCAGGCUGUCGAGGUACAAAGGGCCGUUUCUGUACCCAAGACACAGAAAAUAACCUCACCUGACCAGGCAGGGCCACAGUUUGGCAAAGACGCCCUCCAUAUCAAAGGACCCAUCGACGCCCAGUUAUUGAUGAGGGGAAACCAGAAACUGCAUGACAAGCAUCACUACCCUCCCAAUAUAUAUAAGAAGCGUAAGGAUGUGUUGCUGGAUGCUCAGAAGCGACUUGAAGAGGAGCAUCGUAAGGAGGAAGACGUGCUUCUUGAACAGAUUACUCAGAACCGACGACAGGAGAUACGCAAAAUCUCUGAUGAACUCAAUAUUGAAUGGCAGGUCAAGCUCAAGGAUCUCACAGAAAAGUUUGAGCGAGAAAUGGACAAAAAGAAAAAGAAAAUCAAGGACAGUGAAAAGAAGCAAAUGACGCUGCAUUUUGAAAACCAACGGAAGGACUUGGAGUUUAGCAUUAAUGAAAAGAGAAACAAGAAGCGUGAAUCGAUGACAAUGAGGAUUCGAGAGAAGGAACAGAAAGUGACAUCAACUAUGGUGGCACGACAGAGCAAACAGAUGCUGGAUUUACUGGCUGCUAAAAAGGAAGAGAUCAAACAGGAGAUUGUGGAGGAGAUCGCACAAGAAACGAAUGGAGUAAAUGGACACGAGGAACAAGAGGAGCUGGUGGAGGAGGUAAUCGAAGCUCUCGGCCUCCCUCCCUCAGAUCUCCCGUCUCCUAAACCUCCGUCAUGUCGCAAGAAUGAACUCUAUGAGGACGUCGGAAUCUUCAGUGAACUGGAUGAGAAUGUUAUCAAGGUGGCUGAAAAUGAGCAGUGUACUUAUACCGAGUUGGUACAACAACUGACUGAGAACCUGAAAUCCGAUCUGGAGAAAGUCAGGGCUAUGUAUCGAUGGGUGACUGUGAAAGACCUCAACAUAAUAGAAUUUGAACAAGCUUUGGGCACUGACAAUCCCAUGGGCCUUUUACGUGGGAUCAAAUUUGGCACUGAAACCUAUCAUGUACUAUUCAUGAGGCUGUGCAGCUAUGCAGGUCUGCAUUGUGUUGAGAUCAAAGGUCACUCCAAGAGUGUGGGGUAUGAACCAGGGAUGAAAAUCCAGCCGGACACCUUCCAGAAUACAUGGAAUGCAGUGCUUAUAGAUGGAGACUGGAGACUUAUACAGUGUAACUGGGGCGCAAGGCACCUGGUGUUGAACAAAGACAAGAAGAGGGACAGGGAAAAAUCGUCCAAGGAUCAGAUCCGCUACCAGUACGAUGAACAUUACUUCCUAACUGAUCCAGAUGAGUUCAUCCAGGAAUUCUGGUCCAAGGAACCUGAGUGGCAGCUACUGGAGAACCCCAUCACAAAGGAAGAAUUUGAAGCACUUCCAUUUGUGCGUUCUGUCUUCUUUCAUUUCGGAAUGCAUUUCGACCAUGGAAUGACUGCUAUUUUGGAUGCUUCUGCUAAAGGAGGAUGUGACAUCAAACUCAAGAUUCCAGAGAGUUUAGAAAAUGAUUUGGUGUUCUAUUAUCAGUUACGAUUUGCAGAAAAGGAGAAGAGGAUGGAGACCACCUAUAAGGGUUCAAGCCUAGAACGUUUUGUCUUUCAGACAAUGAUCCACAAUACUGUCAUGUUUAGUAUACACCUUCCCACAACAGGAAACUACUUCUUUGAAGUCUUUGCAAACAAAAUUGAAGAGAGCAACAAAUUUGGGAAUUCAGAAGAUUCUGGUUCUGGUAUCUCACCAUUCCGUUUGAAAUGUGCCUGCAAGUUUAAAGUGACUUGCCCUGAAUUGUCUGGUAAGAUGCAUCCUCUCCCCGAAUGUGCCUCGGGAGAAUGGGGCCCAUUGAAGGGAAAGAGACAUUUUGGUAUCCAAAUGAAGCAACUUAAACACCUCGGUAAGACGGCUGCAGAAACAUCCACAAAUGAUAACUCAGAUAAGCUGUCUGACAGUGGCAGUUCGGAGAGUGGGCUAGGUGACGCUCCAGAUAAUCCCAAGGCAGGAAUCAUCAAUGUUGAUGAAGGCAUUGAACUCUAUGCUAAGAUUCCCCGACCUCUUCACUUUGUUGCUAAACUAAAAGCAAAUGUGUUUGAAAGCAAGGUAUUGGAUCCAUUUGUCCAUUCUUCAGUGGACGGUGAUACUCUGAUGGUGCGAGUCAAUCCUCCCCAGACAGGUCAGUUUGGUCUGGAUGUCUAUGCGCGACCUAAAGAGGCUGGAGAUUCGACCACCCUGUCACAUGCCUUUAAGUUCCUCUUAAACUGUGUAAAAGUAAGCAAACCUGUGGACCUUCCUAGAGUCCAACCAAAGCAAGUUGCUAGGAAGGAGAAAUGGGGACCUACACCUCAUUUUGAGGAAUAUGGCCUGAAGCUGCUGUCACCAAAGGAACCAAAGAUAAGUUGCUCAGAAUCAAAUCAGUGCACCAUCGACUUGUUUGUACCAAGUAAGGUGACAUUGUCAUUUCAGUUCCUCAAGGAGCCCGACGAAGAAAAGAACGAACUUGUAUCCAUGGUGAAAGACGAUGCUGAUCCUCACAAGACUCGCCUUUUUGUGAACGUCCCAGUCCCUGGCAAUUACAUGUUGUCUCUUUUUGCCACAAAGAAGGAUAUCAAUAAUCAGUCUUUUCCUAAUGUGUACAACUUCUUAGUCGUCUAUAAAAAGGGCUCCAAAGAAUCCAACGGAACGGCAAAACCAGAGGAGAGGAGACCGUCUUCAAUUUUCAGAAAAAAUCUUUUCAAGAAGUCGGACAAAGAUAAAAAAUAAAUACAAGUGAUUCUGUAGGUAACUCUUACAUUUGAAUGUGAGACUGAAUGUAAAAUUUGUUUGGAUUGAAGUUUAUUGAAUGAGCGACACAACAAAUAUUCAAAAUGCCUCUAUGACUGCAGGGUAUUGAUGUGUAUACCUGGAUGUAUAAGUGAUGUGUGCUUGAUGCCUAUAUACCUGAAAUGUAAAUGAUAUUAGAAACCAGAACCUUUAUGUAUAAUCUCGCGUAGAAAGCCAUCUCCUUCCACCUGUGUAUCAUGUUAUCACACGUUAUCUUCGUAAGUGUUGCAUUGUCAUGAAAUCAAAAUAAUGUUUGUAGAGAUGCUGUUAUAUUUGAAAAAUAUUUUUGUCAAUACAUUUUUUCAAUAUUUUACUUUUAUGACACAUUACUUUAAAUAUAGUUUUGUGAUGUAGAAAUGACAUACCCAAUGUAUUUAUUUUUUGUGCUUUACAAAUUUUCUUUCCAUAAAAUGUGCCAUACCUUUCUAAAGAUACCGCGGGUAUGCUAAUGGACGACUAGUUCAUGCUGACAUAACUAGCUGACAAGGAAAUUUAUUCAAUCUCUACAUAAAAAAAAUUGUUAGAUUUCUUUCAACUAUUCCAUAAGGGGCAACUAUUCCAUAAAAGUUAUGCUCCUUUUCGCCUUUUUUCCAGAAUAUGCUGGUAAAUAGUCGAGGGCCAUUUUCAUUCAUCAUUCAGUUGGACCAGAGGUAGUAAUUCUUGAAAUGGCCCAGACAGACCUGGUGAAUUUUUUUUACCAGCCUAGACAUAAAGACUUUCAAGGCCUGUUAUAUAUUAACAUCUGCAGGAAUGUAAAGAUGUAUGCCUAAAUUAUUAAAUUUAAAAGCAGAUGAAUCGGUUUGUCUGCAUUGACGAGCAUGCCCCUGAUCACUAUGACUUCCACAGAGCCCUUGACGGCCUGUCUAGAUCUAUACAGCUCUAUUUUUGAUUAUUUGUUAAAAGAAUACAUAUAAAGAGCAUCCUCCGAUAUUUCACUUGUGACUAAAUUUGUUAGAAUUCAUGAAGUGUUUUACUUGUGAGUGUUUAUUUUUUGUACUUUUGUAUCAUUAAUGGCUAACUAAAUGUAACAGUUAAUUUUGUUUUAACAUUCAUACUUUAUGUCGUAAAUGCUAUAAACACUGAAAUGUUUUGGUAAAAUGUAUAGCACAGGCCAUGGAUAAUUAGUGAACACUUUGCUUCCACUUUGCUAAGUAAACACAGGGAAUUUAAUGAACUGUGAUGAAUAUACAUAUACAAUAUGUACAUGUAUUUACAACUUUGAAUCAAAAUUUCAUAAUGAUGGCAAUGGAAUGUGCUGGAUGUAAUUAACAGAAGUUAAUAUGUUAAGCAGUUAUUAUGUAUAUUGGUAGUUUUUUUGUGUUGUUAGAGUCAUAUAUGCUUGAGUGCCAAGUAAAAUUGUGAUCAUAUCAAAUAAAUGCAUUGUUAAUACUGGAAAAAUCACUUCCUUAUUGAUAGUCAGUUGUAACAUUUUUGCUAUUGGAAGAAAUUAUCCUUGUUUUCUAGGAUAGUGAGUUUGGGAUACAAAAAUCAUAGCAUGAAGGAGGACAACAAAAUAAACAUGGUAUACCAGUAGAUACCCAAACUCACUAUAUACGUGGUAUACCAGUAGAUACCCAAACUCACUAUAAACAUGGUAUACCAGUAGAUACCCAAACUCACUAUAAACAUGGUAUACCAGUAGAUACCCAAACUCACUAUAUACGUGGUAUACCAGUAGAUCUCCAAACUCACUAUAAACAUGGUAUACCAGUAGAUCUCCAAACUCACUAUAAACAUGGUAUACCAGUAGAUACCCAAACUCACUAUAAACAUGGUAUACCAGUAGAUACCCAAACUCACUAUAAACGUGGUAUACCAGUAGAUACCCAAACUCACUAUAAACAUGGUAUACCAGUAGAUACCCAAACUCACUAUAAACAUGGUAUACCAGUAGAUCUCCAAACUCACUAUAAACGUGGUAUACCAGUAGAUACCCAAACUCACUAUAAACAUGGUAUACCAGUAGAUCUCCAAACUCACUAUAAACAUGGUAUACCAGUAGAUACCCAAACUCACUAUAAACGUGGUAUACCAGUAGAUACCCAAACUCACUAUAAACAUGGUAUACCAGUAGAUACCCAAACUCACUAUAUACGUGGUAUACCAGUAGAUACCCAAACUCACUAUAAACAUGGUAUACCAGUAGAUCUCCAAACUCACUAUAAACAUGGUAUACCAGUAGAUACCCAAACUCACUAUAAACAUGGUAUACCAGUAGAUACCCAAACUCACUAUAAACGUGGUAUACCAGUAGAUACCCAAACUCACUAUAAACAUGGUAUACCAGUAGAUACCCAAACUCACUAUAAACAUGGUAUACCAGUAGAUCUCCAAACUCACUAUCUGGAAAUAUGAAUCUCUAUAUAUCCACCCACAUUUAAAAAAAAUAUAUCCUACAUUAUAGUGAUGGGGAUAUAUUUACAAUAAAACAUGUCCAAAGUGGAAACCAAAGUAAAUAAACCUGUCUAAAUUGGACACCUGUUUGAAUUGGGGCACCUGUCCAAAUUUGACACCUGUUUAAAUUGGAAAACUGAUCAUUUGAACAUAUUUUUGAAAGGGACAACUUUAGUUCAGCAUGUAUUAUAAAUGUGUGAACUUGCUAUGAUGUUGUUCUGGUUUAUACCGGUUUGUAAAUGAUACAGGGUACAAUAUAGAAUCUAACUAUAUACAUGUAGAUGUGUACACAGCUAUUACAGGUAGAAAGAGUAACAUGGUUAUCAUCUUUACUGUUAUUGUUUUACUAAUAAUCCUCACCAUGACUGUAGGAUAAGUAUAUUGUUUUGUUUGUUUUAUAUUAUAGAUGUAUAUAUACCACAGUAUAAUUGUUGAUUCAACCAAGCAGGCUUAAUUGACGCAAACUAUAAGCAAUUAUAAAGUGCUUGUGCAUCACGAAAUCUUCAUAAUAUGAAAACUAUUAUAUAUUUUUGAAUGGACGUCAUUUUUAUCCAUGUCCAAACUUGUAACGUAUAAUUCCAGUACGAUAAUUACCCCAAUAUGAUAUUAAUUGUUGAUAUUAUGGGACCUCUGUAAUUAAGAGGGAUGUUCUCCGUCAUCUCUAGGGUUACUUCCUUCGUUUGUGUAUACAGCUCUGCCUCAAACCAUACAUUUGAUGUCGGUAAUACCCAUCACACCAGUCUGAUCUGUCCUCCAGCAGCAACAGUACUAAACAUAGCUUUUCCAGCCUCCCAGGAAAAGUCUGCAGGGUAACAAUCCGAUACGGACAAAUCAUACUAAAAUUUGUCAUUUCAUCAGGUCGAUAAAGCUUUAAAAUACUAACUAUUGUAUGAAAAAUUUUCCUUCAUAAUUCAUUACUUUAUCAUAAUUUCGUUAUUGUGUGGAUUAUAGAGAAAAAAGAGUCCCCUUUUGAAUGAAAUGCUGGGCAUUACUGUAAAUCGUUGAUACCAUAUGUUGAUAUUAUUGUUUGUAUACAAACCAGUAAGUGACAGACCAAAGAUUUGAUCUGUUCUGUUGAGGUUAUUUACAAUAGCUACUAAUAAAAACCAAUUAAAUAUCCUGAUUUUUCUCAGAGGUAACUUAGUCUGUAGAAUGAGCUUCAUCGAGAGAAUAGUUUGUUUAGUAGGAUCUCUUCGUUAUGUUUAGUGAGCUUUUCACACAAUCCUUAGAUCUGUCACCCAAUUUUUCAGUCAAACAUAAAGCUUUAACUGUCUAUCUGGCACAACUUCAUAUCGUUUCAGCUUCCUCCUGUUCAAAAUGUAUGUUUUCUACAGCCCUUAUUUUUUUUCAAUUGAUGUGGUGUCUUACUGUCCUACAAGGAGACAGAUGAGUUUCAGUGUUAAACACUAGCUUCCUUUGUGUAAUUUAUUUUGUGCUGUUGUAAUUGUUGAAUAACAAAUUAUAGAGCACCAAAGUCAGCCCAAUAUAGCUGGCGAUAUAUAAAUAGUAUUAUUUAUAUACAUUAACAGUUUAAUUGUUGGUCUGCUAAUUAGUUUGUGAACUUCCAGGAAAAUUGAAAAAGAAUUGUAAGAAAAUUAUUACUUUUGCCUGAAGUGAAAGCUUUUUACUGAAAUGUUGUAAAUACAUUUGUAAUUCGAGACAUUUUAUAUAUAAACCAUGAAUAGAAUGGAAUGAAUCUGAUCUAUUACCAAAUGGAGAAACAGGCUUUAAGAUAUAAAACCACCUAGUGUUAUAUUUCCUUUUUCAUGUUUUCUUUCUUUUGAAGUACAAGUGUACUUCAUGUGUUCAUCUUAUUUGCUAAUUAAAAUGAUUUCUGUAUCAUGA